AUGAAUCCGUUGAACAUAGCAGAGUGGUCAGUAGACCAAGUUUCAGAAUGGUUAUCGGGUUUGGGGCCGAUGAUAUCACAGUAUGCACCGGAGCUACUAAACCGAGGCGUUAAUGGAGCUAAGCUCUUGACUUUGAGAUGUGACGAUCUGGAGUACCUCGGUAUACAUGUGAUUGGGCACCAGGAGCUGUUGUUGGAGGCUGUAGAACAUCUAAGAAACUUCCAUUACGAGAUAUCCAGGGAGUGUGUCCAACAACUAGCGCUUCGUGUGUCGGCAGCGGCAUCGUCACUGGCUCGGGCCCUUCGCCACCACGCAGACGCCAGACUUGAGACCCAUUCACUCGCCGAUGUGGCUAGGACUGUACAUGCUGUAAAGCCAUUGGUUUGCUGGCUGGAUAGAUGGCCACUCUGUUCCGGAGCACCAUUGGCGGAGCGCAAAGCAGCGCUGCUCAAGCUAUCCCUAGAAGCUGCGACGUGUGCGCAGAGAGAUAGGUUUGCGGAGCAGCCAGCACGCGCUGUGGCUGCUGCUGCUGCUGCCGCGGCAGCUGUUGCUGACUAUAUCAUACAGGACGUCUCUGACCCCAUGAUCCUGCAGCCAGCAUCUGUGGAUACGGUGACGCUGAAGCAGGGCGAACGCCCCCUGGGGUUCCAAGUGCUACCUUCCUUCUGCGGGCAUCAUCAACUCGCUCACAUUCGCUUCGGUUCGCCCGCCCAUGCCUCCGGACACGUACACGAAGGGGACGAGAUCGUACAGGUCGGUGAUAUAUGCGUGAUUGGCUGGAGUGGGGAUUCCGUGGAGCGAUUCUGCGCAAAGCAGGCGUUACGUAAUGGGGAAUUGGUGCUCAAGCUGCGACGGCGAGGAGCUAGGGCUUUGCCCACCCCGCCCUUGCACGCGAGGACGCCCCGUCCACGAGCAAACAGGCUCAGGCUGCCCCCGCUACAUGACACGCGGAUGCUGCAUAGAUACGAAUUAGAAUUUCCUAUUGCUGCGGUGCCACUUCCAGCUCCCCCAGAGAGCCCCUCGAACACCCCUGCCCCCCACUCGCCAGUUUCCUCCUCUGAUGAGAGCGAGGUUAUAUCGCCCCCGGCUUCACCCACGCAGCUACAUCUGGAUAGAGCUAGAAUGUACCCCCCUAAGCCGCAGGCAGUGGUGCAGCGACGUCACACGAUCAGUUGCGGCAGCCCCGUUUCUAGGAGACCCCAUCUUAGUAUUGAACAGUUUUGGCAAGAACUGCAGCAGCAGCGGUGGGAACAUGGAGAUGCACCUGACCACGAGGAUUCUGCCCUCUACAGGCGAGAUAAGGCAGUAUCCUGCAGCACUGGUCUUCAACUCUCACCUCGGCCUCGCACUUGCUUGGGUGUCCCCAGGGCUCCUCUCAACAUUGCCGAACCCCCCCACGCCGCAUGCCGAGGAAAGCUUGACAAAAGCCACUCAACCCCGGCGUACGAACUCGAACCAUCUGCGCCACUAGCGCCACUGACAGACAAUCCUAUACCAGAAUCGCCAACUACACCCACUACUCACAAGGCGGAUAAAGACCCACUGACAGAUUUCGAUGGCCAAGGUGUUUCUUCAGAUAAGGUACAAGAGGUAGCUCGAGAUAUAUCUAGCACGUGUGACAUGUCACAGGACGAUGACAUAAAGUUAAUAGAUGACGAGUCUUCGGAUGAGACUCCGGUGCCGGUUCUGGAGACGUUGAACACGGUGCUGGCGGAGAGCGAAGUGAAGACUGGGCCGGAGAAGCCCGAGGUUAUGGAACGUAACGUUAUGAUAUACCCAAAGCCGCGCAUAACUGAACGCUGGAAAGUGCAAGACGUGCCCCCUGAACCGCCCCCGCGGCCCUCCACGCGGCUUCCCCCUCCUCCCCCACGGGAGCACAUGCCCCCCUCCCCCCGUCUCUGCCCUAUAGAGAUGGAAAUACACCAUGUGUUCGAAGGGGACAGUCGGUCCCCGAGCAGGGACGGACAGACCUGGGAGCCGAUAUCGAUGGUGCAACCGAUAUCGCCCCUGAGGGAGUGCACCGCUCCGCAGUAUCCGGUGCUGAGGAUGAUACCUCGACCUGCUGAAUCCCGGGACUCUUCGCCUCUUAAGCCGCUGCGCCCUGGGGAUACUACGCAGAUAUCCGUACCGCUCCGUCAUAUAACCAAACACGAUAUAAAACUCGUAUCGAACGAGAGACGAGAGCUGCCCCCGAUCAACGGCGAGCCCGAGCCGAGUCCGAGCGAAGCGCGGAAAAGAGACGGCGAUAUCGUUAUCGGUGCUGCGAGUGAGCAAGCGCACCUGCUCGAGUCGCUGCACUCCCCGAAGGGAGCUAUGUCCCCCACGGGCAGCGUGGUUAGGGGCAUCUUCCCUACUUCCAAGUCGAGGAGUUUGAAGAAGAAGAACUCUAUACUGGCUAAGCGUCGCGAGGUAGCUGCGCGGGCGCUCAGCGCGAGGGGCGCCGCGGGCUGGGUGUGGCAGCGUGUGCGGGCACGGCAUCAGCAGCAGCCGCGGUGGGCGCAGCGCUAUCUUCUGCUUACUCACAAUCUUCUCUACGCAUAUCGGUCUCCCGAGAGCGUCCGCGCCGACUGCAUGAUCUACCUGGAGGGGUGCACGGUGAGCGCGGCGGGGGAGGUGAAGUCGCGUGCGCACUCUUUCAAGGUGUAUCACACGGGCAGCGCCUUCUACUUCGCCGCCGCCUCCACUGACGCUAUGCUGGCCUGGAUCCAGCUUAUCCACCGCGCCACGCUGCUGCCCUCGAUGCUCUCGCAAAAUACCGACAUAAAACAAUUCUCGGAAACCGAUUAUUCCGAAACUGAAUCGGAAACGGAGAGCCCUGAAAAGAGAGACAGGGAACGCGAGAAGGAAAAGGACAAGGAUAAAUCGAAGUUCGGUUCGCUCAAGAAGUUGACACACCGCAGUGGGAGAAGUGAACGCAGCGAGUCGCAUGAGAACGUGAGCCAAGCGGCGGCUUCUACUAGCCUCGAUCGGAAGUAUCUAAGGUUCUUUUCUCGAACGAGGGCUAAAGAUGACUCCAAGAGCAAGACCAAACAACCAUCGGGUCCAGUCCCCACCGAGCAAUACCGCAGUUACCGUCGUGCGCUCCCCGACCCUCCGUCGUCCCCUGCUCAGCACCCCAGUUCUCCCCCUCCUCCCCGAAAUAAACCGAGCCCAAUCGACUACAUCCACGCCUCCAAUCCGAAUUUAUUGGACUUCGAGAAGAGCGAUUUUGUCAUGAAGCCAGCCAUCCAGCCGAAGCCGAAGCCCAAGGAGAAACUCGUGGGUUUCGUGACUCUUGAAGAGUUUAUGCUUAAGAAGCAAGAGGAAGAGAGACGGCAGGUGUACUCGGAGCGAGUGUUGCUGGGCGUGCAAGAGAGACGGGAGUUGCAGCGGCGUCUGGAUAGGAUAGUGCCUGAUGUUAUAUAUGGGGAGGUGGAUACCGCGAGACCGGGAGGAGACGGAUACGAGAAAAUCGUGUUUCCCGAUGAACGAACGGAUGGAAAUAAGCCGGAAUCCCUUAAGAAGAAGGAAAAGGUGAAUUUGCCCGUUUCCAGUUCCUCUCUUGCCCCAGCACCGACUGAAAGUACCGGAGGUGCGAGCGUGUCCCGUUUGAGGUUGAUGUUUGGUGGAAGACAGCAGGGUGCUGAGACUCGAUCUGGGCAGUACCCCCACUUGCAGUGCCCCCCUACUUUUCAGCCGGAGAGCUAUUCUCUAGCGCGUCUUGCGCCCCGACAUCCCUAA